AUGGCUGGUAAACAUAGUCCCCAAAAGAAGGGAAUUGAUCUUUCCCAAAGAAAUACAACUAGUGGGAAAUUACUAGGAAAUCUUAAAAAAUUACAGGAUCAAGUACCAACUGGAUCAAAAACUUUACCUAAAAUGGCGGCAUCCGCUAUCGUGGGGGAAAGACCGCGAAGGUUUAGUUUAAUAUAUUCGUCAGAUUCUUCGUUGAGUGACGUUUCCGAUGGUGGUGAAAGAAUGGAUAUCAAAAAUAAAAGCGGUAAGAUAUUUAAGAAUCCUUCAUUAAAUAAAAAUAAGAAACUAAAAGAUAACUCGAUGGGCAAAGUAAGCAAACUUAUACGAAACCCAAAUGAAAAAAUUGACGAAGAAAAUAAUGAUGGGAAUGGAAAUGGAAAUGACGAUGAGAAUGAGAAUGAAAAUGAGAAUGAUGAGGGAACAGAAUCUUCCGAUUAUGACGUUUUCGUAAGUUCGGAUAGUGACAGUGAUGUUGAUGACGAUGACGAUGACGACGAUAUAGAUAGUGACAGUAGUUCCGAAGAUGAGAAUAUAGACUUCGUCAAAUUAACAGCUCAGAGAAAGAAAAAGGCAUUACAAGCAUUAUCUGCAAUUAAAAGAGGUUCUACAAACUUAUUGCAGAAUUCUUCUCAGAAUAAUGACACCGACGAUAUCAAGAACGUUAUUGAUCAUAAAGAUAACAGCGGUAUAAAUAUUAAUACUAAUGCCAACAACAUCAACAUCAACAUCAACAAUAAUAAUAAUAAUAAUAGUCAUGAUCAUAGUAAUAUUGAUGAUGAUGAUGAUGAUAAUUUGCAUAAUACAUCGGUUAAAGACGACAGUUCAGAUAUAGACACUAGUGAAAGUGAAAGUGAAAGUGAAAGUGAGUCCAUCGAGGAAGAUAUUGGUGAAGAAGUUCAGGAAGAAAAAGAAAUAGAAAUUCCAAAAUCAAAAGCUACCAAUGGUAUUGAUGAAUUGCAUGUUCCUACUUUUUCGGACUCUGAAGAAUCAGAUUAUAAUAUUGAUCAAGAAGCCUAUUUUAAUGCCAUAAAUGAUGAUGAUCAAAAUGACAUAGAUGAAAUAGACACAGGUAUAGAGACUGGUGAAGAUGAUAUCCCAUUACUUCAGGAAGAAGAACAGAUUAUAAUGGAGGAAUUGGAAAAUGAUAGUGAUCUUUCUUUCGAUGGAAGCAUUCAUGCGGAAGGAUCUGAUCCAGAUGAUGAACGCAAUGUUACAAGGAAAUCAAAUCGUGACAAUGAUGAAGAGGAUGAUGAGUACGACGAUGAAUUUGAUAUGCCUUUCUAUGAAGAUCCAAAAUUUGCAAGCUUAUAUUAUUACGAAGAUGGAAAUGCUCCGAGAUUAGGUUUAAGUACAUCCCUACCUUUGCUAUUAAACGAUGAAAAGAUCUUGAAAUUUAGAAAAAAGCAAGCCAAAAAAAUGGAAAGAAAAGAACAUAUUAAAAGACGUAGGUUGUUAAAAAGUUCGAAAGUUGCUAUAAAAAAUGGUUCAAAAACUCCUGCUCUAGAUAAUGGAGAAGAAUAUAUUUUCGGUGUGUUCUUUCAAAGUGAUGAAGAAGACAGUCAUAGUGGCAGUAAUGGAAAACUAAAAGGAGAGACACCUUCAGGAAGCAUAUCUUUUAAAAAGAACUUAAGUUUAGAAUCACCACUAAGGCAUUUGGAGUCUACUAGCAGUGUGAAAAAUGGAUACUUGAGUUCGGAUGAUGAAAAUAAAAAUAUUUUAUUAGACGAAGCGCAUAUCCCUUCAGAUGACGAUGAUGAAAGUACAAAUGCAAAUGACGGUAAGAAAACAAAAUCUUCAAGUACCUUUUCAGAUGACUCCGAUUCUAGUUCAGAAGGCUUUUCAAUAGAACUUGAUGACGACGACGAUGAUAUUAGUUUAACCAAUGUUUUCAUAGAUAUUGACGACUUAGAUCCCGAUUCAUUUUACUUCCAAAACGAUGAGGAUGAAGAAGAAGAUGAUGAUGAUGUAUACAAAUAUUAUCACAAUGGUUCAUCGAGUGAUUCUGAUAUUUUGUCUGAUUCUACUGAUAUGGACACAGAUAAUAAGAUAAAACAAGAAACUGAAAUAGUUGAAUAUAUUGAUGAUGAAUCAACAGAUGAAGAUGACAACCUGCCACCACCUACAUCUAGGAGCAAAAGUAUGAGUACAAAAGCUAAAGAAGUGGUUGGUGCAAACGUAGUUGGGUUGCGUCCUCCAAAAUUGGGAACAUGGGAAACAAAUAGUAAGCCAUUUUCGAUUAUUGAUGGUCUUUCGACAAAGUCAUUAUAUCCAUUGAUUCAAGAACACCAACAAUUAAUGCAAGAAAGGGCCAACUCGCAAUCUCCUGAACUUGAUAGCCAUGAUGAUGUUGUCACACCAAAUGGAGAUGAGUUGACAUUGAAUGAAUUGUUAAAUAUGAGUGAACUUGAUGAUAAUGAGGAUGAAGAUGAUCAUGAAAAUGGAAUAAGUCCUAAAGUACCCAAUAUAGAACAACCAGUUGCAACCUCCAAUUGGUACGAUAAACCUAGAGUUCCUCUAUCAGCAUUUAGAAACAAAGGUGUUAACUCUGAGUUGGAAGAUGAAUAUCUAAUACCCGUACAUUCUACCAAAAAAUUUCCAAUUGGAUAUAUUGGAGGUGAACGCACCAGAAGAAAGAUUGAUCGUAUGAAAGAGUUUCAAAGAAAGGAAAAUGAAAAAAGAAGGAAAAUCAAGAAGAAGAAGAAAUUAUUAAAGUUAAAGAGAGAGCAAGAAAGGAAGGAAAAAGAACAGUCAUUAAUAGGUAAUGAAUUGGAAGGAACUAAAUUAGAAGACCCUAUAUCACUGGUUGGAACUCAAGAUGACGCUACUAAGACCACAAUCAAGAGUGUAGGUCUGGAUGAAAUUAAUGAGAUUUUAGGAAAAGACAAUAGUAGCAUUUUAGAAAUUAAUAGUCAUCUUGAUGAUUUGAAUGGUGAUGAUAUAGAUAUAGAUAUUGACAUGGAUAUUGAUGGAAAAGAUAUUCUUGAUAGCAAGGAUAUUGAUAUCUUAACAUCAUUAACAGCACCUGUACCACUGGAAGAUUUAGGAACUACUGGGACAUCAUUUUGGAGACGGAGACAGAGUAUAGUUGAAGCUGCAGAAGAAAAUAUGAGAUUCACGAAGAAUGGGUUAUUUAGUGAAAGCGCAUUAGCUGAUAUAGAAGGGAUACUUGAAGAUGGUCAAUCUUCAACCAAUGCAUUUGAACUUAAUGAGGUAUUACAAUAA